ACUGUGCCCGUCCCUCCGCCUUGCAGGUGCUGCCCGGAUCGUCCCAACUGAACUUUGGUCGCUAUGGCUACCAACGGCACCCCCGCGGGCUGCGGCCCCGACGUGGCGUCGCUCUAUUACAACCUGUGCGACCUCGGCGCCGCCUGGGGCGUCGUGCUGGAGGCGCUGGCGGCGGCCGGCGUGGUCUUCUCCUUCGUGCUGCUCAUCGCGCUGCUGGCCAGCGUUCCCUUCGCGAGGGACCAGGAGCGCCGGAGCGCCGUGGCGCUGAACGCCGGCUUCCUGGUCGGCACCUUCGGCCUCUUCGGCCUGACCUUCGCCUUCAUCGUGGGGAAGGACUUCUCCACGUGCUGUUCGCGGCGGUUCCUCUUCGGCGUGCUGUUCGCCGGCUGCUUCGCCUGCCUCCUGAUGCAGAGCGUGCGGCUCAACGUGCUCGCGCGGCGUGGCGGCGGCGCCCCCCGGGCGUGGGUGCUGUGCCUGGCGGCGGCGGCGCUGUGGCUGGUGGAGGUGGUCAUCAACACCGAGUGGCUGAUCAUCACGGUGGUGCGCCGCCCACCGGGGCCGCCCAACGUCACGGCCUCGGCGGCGCCGCCUUGCGACGUCGCCAACGAGGACUUCGUGAUGGCGCUGAUCUACGUGAUGGUCCUCAUCCUGGCAGCGGCGGCGGCGGCGAGUCUCGCCGUCAUGGCGGGCAAACACGGCCGGUGGAAGAAGGACGCCGCCUUCAUCGUCCUGACCAGCGUGGCCUCGGUGGGGAUUUGGGUGGCGUGGAUCGUCAUGUACGUCUACGGCAACGCGAGGAGGGGCGGGCCCUCGUGGGACGACCCCACCUUGGCCAUCGCCCUGGUGGCCAAUGCCUGGGCCUUCCUGCUGCUCUACACCAUCCCCGACGUCUGCGGCGGCGCCGGCGGCGGCGGCGGCGAGGACCCGCUGAGCUUCGGGGAGGAUCUGUACCCGAACCGAGCCGUCGGCUACGAGACGAUCCUGAAGGAGCAGAAGGGCCAGAACAUGUUCGUGGAGAACAAGGCGUUCUCCAUGGAGGAACCCAAACAAGCCUCCCAGCCCGUGUCCCCGUACAGCGGCUACAGCGGGCAGCUGCGCGGCGCCGUGUAUCAGCCCACCGAGCUGGCGCUCAUCAGCAAGGCGGCGGGACACCGCCCCCCGGAGGUCUCCUGCGACAUGACCAUCCCCCGAGCCUCCACACACUCGGCGGCCGGCAGCGGGAGCGGCACGCCGCCGCCGCACGGCGCCGAGGCCGGGAGCGCCGCCCACACGCAGCCCAACGGGACCAGCGUGGAGCCGGCCGGUCGUCACACGGCCUGGAGCUUCAUUUGGAUGUCAAAGCCGCGGCUCUUGGCCCGAACAAAGACGGUGACAUUACCAGUCAGUGGUGUUAGAACGAUGUGAAUAUGUCGUCAGCAUGUCAACGGAAACACUGCAUGGAGGCCUUGUUUGAAUAUAUAUAUUCAAUUAUAUUUAUAGCACCACUGUGUGCUAUUUGAUGAUGUAAUCCCACCAAUCAAACCAUCCCACCAAUCGAGCUGCAAUAGAGCUUCAAUAGAGCGUGUUCCACCGUCGUAUAACGUUAGUGUGAGUUCUUCAUUCUUUUUGAUAUAAUAAAACAUCCAAUGAGAUGCUGAGGAAUGGAUGCUCUGCUGUUACCGUGUUGAUUCACAGGAAGGUCUGCAGCAUGUCUCCUUGUUACGCUACAUUGAUGUUUUUAAUGAAAUUAUGUUGAUACUUUACGCUGUUACAAUGUUACGCUGUUACAAUGAAAUGCUGUUACGAUGUUACAAUGUUACGCUGUUACAAUGAAAUGCUGUUACAAUGGUACGCUGUUACAAUGUUACGCUGUUACAAUGAAAUGCUGUUACGAUGUUACAAUGUUACGCUGUUACAAUGUUACGCUGUUACAAUGAAACAAUGUUACAAUGUUACAAUGUUACACUGUUACAAUGAAAUGCUGUUACAAUGUUACGCUGUUACAAUGAAACGCUGUCACAAUGUUACGCUGUUACAAUGAAACAAUGUUACGAUGUUACAGUGUUACAAUGAAACACUGUUACAAUGUUACACUGUUACAAUGAAACACUGUUACAAUGUUACGCUGUUACAAUGUUACGCUGUUAUAAUGUUACACUGUUACAAUGUUAUGUUGUUACAAUCUUACGCUGUUACAAUGAAACGCUGAUACAAUGUUACGAUGUUACAAUGUUACGCUGUAACAAUGUUACGCUGUUACAAUGUUACGCUGUAACAAUGUUACGCUGUUACAAUGUUACGCUGUAACAAUGUUACGCUGUUACAAUGAAACACUGUUACACUGUUACAAUGUUACACUGUUACAAUGAAACACUGUUACAAUGUUACGCUGUAACAAUGUUACGAUGUUACAAUGUUACGCUGUAACAAUGUUACGCUGUUACAAUGUUACGCUGUUACAAUGUUACGCUGUAACAAUGUUACAAGGUUACGCUGUUAGUAACAAUGUAAUUAUUGUUACAAUGUUUUAAUGAUUUAAUGCAUCAACGUGUUUUUGACCGUAAAAAAUACAGAAAAUAAAUACCCACUCGUCAUGAA